UUAGCGGCAGAGGUUCCGGCGAACGCAGUGCUCUUCCCGACCCGGUUGCUCGCUCAAUGGCAUUCAUUUCGAGGUGACGUUUUGCAGCAUUUCGCUGCUCACAACCCCCACCCGCUUACCUCCCUCGAUACCCGUUGGAUCCAAGUCGGUACUGUCCGACGGCCGGAAAGCGCCUGUGAUGGUUCGCGGUCGCAUCCCCGCCAUGGUGCGGGGUUGCCGCACGUCGCGCGCCCGGCCGCUGCGCUCCUCGCUCUCUGUUACGCCCUCACCCUCUCCGACAUGCCGGCCGGAUGCUCCGGUACGAAGAUACGGGACGACCCGCAACGCCGACAAUGCCGAUGCGGACGCAAAGGAAGCCCGUGAAGGUGCCCAGCACGAUGCGGCUGCAGAGUCGGCCACGGGCACGGCAAAAAGUGACACCAAGUCGACACGAGCGUUGGCAAGCGAGGCGGCGAGCUCAUCCACCGCCGGGUCGUCGGUGGUCAGCGACAUGCAGGAUUGGGAGUACAAUCCGAACCUCAAGGUCGAGUCGUUCAAGGACCUGCCGCACGCCAACUUCGGAGUCAACCAGCACAUUCCCUUCGAUGCGGAGUUCAAGGAAGUCUUGAAGUCGAUACCGUGGCAAUUCCGCGCGCCGAUCCGCUAUGCGUUCGCCUACGGCUCCGGCGUGUUCCCCCAGUCGAAACCCAGCGGCAGGGUACCGACGCCUGAGGAAAUACGCGCCAUCCAUCCGAAGGCGCCGCCCGCUGUCCAAAGGGCUCAGGACGGCACCCCAAAGAUGAUCGACUUCAUUUUUGGCGUCUCGCACACCCAACACUGGCACUCUCUGAACAUGAAGCAGCAUCGGGACCACUACUCCGCCUUGGCGAGUCUCGGGUCCGGUGCCGUCUCGUACGUUCAGGACAGGCUGGGCGCUGGCGUCUACUUCAAUCCUUACGUUGUCGUCAACGGGAUUCUGAUCAAGUACGGCGUGGUGCAGUUGAGCACGCUGGAGAAGGACCUAACCCAGUGGGACAUGCUGUACCUGGCGGGCAGGUUGCAAAAGCCCGUCAAAAUCCUGCGCGAUGAUCCGAAGAUCCGGCUCGCCAACCAGAUGAACCUUCUGUCGGCCCUGCGGACGGCGCUGCUCCUGCUGCCGCCUCACUUCACAGAAGAAGAGCUCUACGGCACCAUCGCCGGCAUCAGCUACCUCGGCGACCCGCGCAUGGCACUGCCGACGGAGAACCCGAGUAAAGUCAAGAACAUCGUGGGCAACAACAUGGCCAACUUCCGGCGGCUCUAUCUCCCUCUGAUUGAGACGCUUCCUAAUGUCGACUUUGUCGGUGCCGGCGCCAGCAUGAAGGAUUGGAUUUGGGACGAAACCAAGAACCUCAAGCUUGCGCAGGAUAUGGACCCGGUCAAGCGCGGCAACAUGGUGCGUCGCCUGCCCAAGGCCUUCCGCUCGCGGCUCUACUUCCAAUACCAGAAGAAGCUGGCGAUUCCGCAAGAGGAGUUCGACAAGAUGAUGGAGGAAAGUGAGAAGGAGGAUGCUGUCGCUUUCAAGCGACGUGAGGGCGGCGGCUUCGAGCGGCGCAUCGCCCAGGACGACCCCGCCGAGCUGCGCAACUACAUCCGCACCGUCAUCAAGCAGACGAUCACCUGGCCAGCCACCACGCAGUCCCUCAAGGGGCCGCUUACCAGCGGCUUUAGCAGGACGGUGCGGUACCUGCGAGAGAAGAUAGACAAGUAUCGCCAGGGACGAGCGGCUGGAAAGGCCCAGGCUGCUGAGGAAGAGGCGGCCUCCAACCCGACCGGCGGCGAAGGAGCCCGGAAGAAGCCUUGAUCUCGAAGGAAUCAUGGCUAUCUUCAACGACAUGACUUGCUGGCUUGUUAAGCAUGUCUCCUUUUCUUGUACAGUACAUGAUAUACAUGGCAUUGUGGUGGCACUCGGGCCGAGGGAUUAGACAGUGACUGGCGUUUGUUCCGGCGGUUUUUACGUGGCUUCAGGUCACAUACUGGCACAAGCUAAAUGAAAGGCAGCUGCCCUGACACUCUUCCGAGUUUUCGGCUCCUCUGUUUCCGGUGCCCCUUCUAAGUCAGUACGCCAUGGCCCAUGGCGCAGAUACCCGCCU